AUGACAUCUCUUUCUAGCAAUAAUAUUAAUUCACUUAAGCUCCUUGCAUCUCUUGAUGAAGGACGCAUUAAGGCAAUUACGGAUAUAGCAAUCAAAGCAAUUUUAAAUCCAGAAACAGAAAAUGAAUUACAAGGCAAAGAAGCCGACGCACAAAUUGGUCUUGCAUCACUCAUAUUAUUAUUUGCUCGUCAAGGAUCUGUUCCAGAAACAAUGAAACCAGUUCUCCGCGAUGCUGGAAUUGGUGAAUCUUCAAUAAAUUACAUCGCUGAUCAAUAUUCUGCAAAAGUCGAACUCAUUCGUGCUAAACUUGCUACAAUUUCUGCUGGAUAUCCAAAAGUAGUUGGCUGCAAUUGGAGAUUAGAUUAUGCAGUAUCUAAUAGCGAAACUGGAUCUGUCCUUAAACCUUUAUUCUUUGUUCAAUUAGAUCUCGAAGGAGGCUCGCAACUUAAUUUCACUUGCACCGAAGAAGAAAUGACCUCUUUGGUCAGUUCUUUGAAGGAAGCAGCAGCUGAAGCUGCUCGUACAAAGCAAUAA